AUGGAUGAUCUCGAGCGGGCCAUUCUCUUCAGCUUCGACCAAUCAGGAGCCGUCGACGUCUCGCUCCGCGCACGCGCGCACGCGUUCUGCGCGGAGGCGCGGCGCUCCCCGCAGCUAUGGCGCGUGUGUAUCGAGCGGCUCAUCUCGUCGCGCUACCCCGAGGUGCAGUUCUGGUGCCUGCAGGCGCUCGAAGAGCUCCUGCUGCGCCAGCGACUGCGCGCGGACGGCCACCCGCAGCCCGCGGGGGGAGCAUCUUCCGCGCCAGGCGACGGCGGCGCUGGCGCAGGGGCGGAGGGUGAGUUUCUUCCGCCCGAGGCGCUGGCGGAGCUCCGCGAAACCCUAAUGGCGGUAGCCUUCAGGUGUCCCGUGGGAUCAGGGCUGAUGCCAGGGGCAGGUGAUGCGCAGGCGGGGGGGGCAGCGGGCGCGGGGGUGCCGCUGUGCGCGUCGUGGCCGGCGUUCAUCCGCAACAAGGUGGCGCAGGUCAUCGUGCUGCUCAUCCGCCUCCACUACCCCACACCGUGGCACACCGCAUUCGACCCCAUCGUCUCCGCCCUCAUGGCGGUCGGCGCAGCGGCCAACCCCCAAACCUCCGCCGCCGCCAGCACCACUGGCGCCAUGGCGCAAGCGGGUGGCGGAGACGGCGCGGGCGCGUGGAGUCUGGUGAGUCUGGACAUGGCGUGCCGCGUGCUGGCGGCGCUGGAUCAGGAGGUGCUGAGCAUCGAGUACGCGCGCACGGCGGAGGAGUCGGCCGCCGCCAUGCGCGUCAAGGACGGCAUGCGCGAGGGCUGCAUCGCGCCGCUCGUGCACGCCUGGUACUGCGCCGCCGUCGCGCUGCUAACGGCGCUGGGGGCGGGGGGAGCAGCGGGGGCGGGGGCGCAGCAGGGUGGGAUGCCGGGAAGUAACGGCGUGGGCGGGGAAGGGGGGGAGGUGGUGUUGCGGGACGGGAGGGGGAGUCCUGUGAGCAGAGACGACGCGGCGGCGUCUGUAGCGGCGCUGCUGGAAACGCUACAGCCGUACGUGGCGUGGAUAGACAUAGGGCUCGUCGCGGACUCGCGCUGGCUGCCCCUCCUCUUCGGCCUGCUAGCCGCGCACACCAGCGACGUGCGCCUGCGCUCCGCGGCGUGCGGGUGCAUCCUCGCUAUAGUGAACAAGCGCAUGGACGCGGUGAGCAAGGUGGCGCUGCUGCAGCGCGUGCAGAUCGCGCAGGUGGCGGGCGUGCGCGUGGUGGAGGAGAUUGCGCGCGCGGACGAGGGGCUCACGCUGCGCCUGGCGGAGCUGCUCACGGGCGCCGCCACCGAGAUCAUGGAGUGCAUCAAGAAACUCGAGGCGGGGGGGGGCGGGGGCGGCGCAGGCGGACGGGCGGAGGCAGCUGCGCAGGGGUUUGGGAUGGAGGACGGGAAGGGCGAGGGGAACGGGGGAGGCGGGGAGGCGUCAGAGUCUGUAGCAGUGGCGGCGACGGCGGCGGCGCAGGGCAUGCUGGAUGCCAUACUACCAGCCAUAUUCUUCCUGGCACAGAGGCACCCCGACGAGGACGUGUCCGCCAACUGCUUCCAGUUCCUGCUCUUCUUCGUUGCUGACAUGCGCCGGGUGGGCGGCGCCAGCAGCCGAGGCGCCGCCGCGCUCGCCGCCACCGCAGCCGCCGCCGGAGCAGCAGACGCGGCGGCGGUGGCUGUGAGAGAGCGGCAGGAGCAGCAGCUGCGGCAGGUGCUGCUGGUAGUGGGGGAGCGCAUGCGGUACCCUGAGAGCAGCUGUGAGGCGCUAGAUUUACCAACCAAGGAGGGCGAGGAAGAGGAGGAGCGUGUGGGCGAGCAGCGUAAGGACCUUUUUGUGCUGCUGCGCUCCGCCGCCAAGGUCAACCCCUCCGUCGUCCGCGCGUUCGUUCAUGAAACCCUAGCAGCAGCGCUCGCCCGCGGGCCGCACGCGACGUUUGCAGAGACAGAGGCAGCAGUGCAGCUGUUUUACCAGCUAGGCGAGGGCGUCACAGAGGAGGCGCUCAAGCCCGGCAGCGGCGCGCUGGGGGAGAUGACUGCGCUGCUCCUCUCCUCCCCCUCCUCUGCCUCCUCCGCGGCCUCCCAGCAGCAGGGGGCGGGCGGGGCGGCAGGGGGGGCAGCGGGAGGGGGGCUGAGGUACAGAGGGCAUCGGCUGGUGGCGGUGGCGUGGCUGGAGGUGAUCGUGCGGUACGUGCGGUUCGUGCAGCAGCACCCUCACUACAUCCCCGCUGCGCUCGACGCGUUCCUGGGCCCGUGGGGUGUGGGGCACAAAGCCAUCACCUCUGCGCCACCAGCAGCAGCAGGCAAGGCGGCGGGCGGACAGGGCAGAGCAGGGGGACCGUUUGGGCGAGGCGAGGGCGCUUUUGACGACCGCAUCUAUGCAUACGAGGCAGUGGGUCUACUGCUGGCGCAGGAAGAGGUGCCAACUCAGCAGCAGGCAGCGUGCUUGUCAGCGCUGCUCACACCGCUUAUUGCACGGGCAGAUGCGUUAGCACAAGAAGCACAGGCGGCAGAAGCAGCAGGGGGGGGAGCGGAGGUGGCAGCGGGCAUGGUGGCGGCGCUGCAGCAGGUGAUCAUGGCGAUGAGCUACCUGUCCAAGGGCUUUGCGGCGCACAUGGUGACCACCACGCGCCCAGAGCUGGCGCAGCUGUUCAAGGGCGCCGUGGAGUGUGUGCUGCGCGUGCUGCUCGCCCUGCCCCGCAGCCGCCCCACCCGCUCCAAGGUGACAUCCUUUCUGCACCGCAUGGCAGACUGCCUGGGUCCGCACAUCAUCCCCUUCCUGCCUCAAGCACUGCCGCUCCUCCUCAACCACUGUGAGGCGAGGGACAUGGUGGAGUGUCUGCAGCUGAUCUCACUGCUCACGGCCAAGCACCGUGCACACAUGGCGCCCAUCGUUGACGCCCUGCUCGCCCCGCUCUUCACGCGCCUCUCCGUCCUGCUGCCCUCCUCGCUCCCCUCGCUCAUGGGCCCCCCCAACACUACCUCUGACGCCUCUGGCACCCCCGAGGAGGUGAGGGAGCAGAGGGAGGUGUUGAGAGCGGUGCUGAUGCUGCUACACGGCAUCACCAUGGCAGACCUGCACGCCACCUUCCUCUCCCCCGCCAACGCCUCGCAAGUCCUUCCGCGCAUCAUCACUCUCUUGCUAGACACCGCUGCCCUGCAUGCCGACAUUGCCCUGCGCAAGGUGGCCGUCGCCUGCUUCAUCCGCUUCGCCUCCGACUGGUGCUCCUGCGACCCUGAGAAGGCGCCGGGCUUCAGGGCGUUUUUGUUGGAGCAGUUUCUGCCGACGGCAUGCCUGCUGCCAUGCCUGCAGCCGUCCUUCUCCCUGCAGGAUGCCAAUUCUGCGCUGCUAGUGAACGACAUCUCGCUCGCCCUGCUGGCGCUGCACCACACGUGUGGCCAGCUGCUCUCUGACCGCCUCCUCUCCUCCCUGCUGCCCUCCCUCAACUGCCCACCCACGUUAGCCGCCAACUUUUGUACGCAGCUCCAGAGAGGAGACGCAAAAAUUGCACGCGAUGCAUUUAGAGAGUUUUUGGUUCAGCUGCGAGCACAGCAUGCACCCUCACAAGGCAACAUCGCAAUGGUUCCUAGAGGUUUUGGCUUCCUCCACCGCUGCACCGAGAUGGCGCGUUUGGAGUGCAACGAUCAGGAACUCGCGUACUUGACGUACCUAUUGGGGAACGACCUGCUUGAUCUGGAUCUCCCUGCCGCACCCGUCGCUCAGCCUCGACCUCAAAGGUCGUUGCGAGCUCCCGAGGUACAGCACAGAGCUUUGUCGGUAGAGCCGGUGCUGGCGCCUGGUGCUCCCACCAAUGGCAGACUGAUUGAAAGCACCAUCUUCACGCACGUUGGCGUGCCGCAAUUGCGAAACUUCCCGCAGGCCAGGAACACGCUGCGGGGAGCUGGGCCGUUUCACGGGAGAAGCUUGUCUGCGCCAUCCAACGAAUUGGCCGGCUCCCCAUCAGCAGCUCCUAUGGCUUUCGGUUCCAUGGUUGAGCCAGCCACUUUGUUGUCCUGGCGCCCCCCAUUGGAGCCUGGUCCGCUUGCUGGUGGUGCAGCAGCCCCUGCUCCCGACCCUGCUGGGUGUUGCCCCACAGCAAAUGCCGCUGCAACGGCGUUGGCUGCCUGUGACUUAGGGGCAAAACAGCAGGGUGGAAAGCCGAGUCAGGUUCUACGAAAUCCCCCUGAAGCUCCUGAAAUGCGGAGGGACAGAGUAUCGUCCCGUGCCCUGUCAGACGCCCCAGGCCACAGCACCCUGAGUCCGGUGAAGUCUCAAAAGCAGAGCCAUAGCUUUCACUCGAGAGCUGGAGGUGGUGGCAUUACUAAGAAGAGUUCGACUGAAAAGAACAGGAGAGCUCGUGUCAGUCAGGGAUUCUCAAAUUUGCGUGAAGUCAUACCAAGGGAGUUUCUUAGCAGCCACAUUCAGAAGACGAGAGGGUUUACUCAAAGGGCUGACUUGUGUACAUUGCUAAAUGCAGCAUCAGACUACAUCAAGUACAUGAAGGGUUACAAGGCAGAUCUGGAGGCACAGCUUUUACUAAGCGGUCCGACAUGUUAA